AUGAUCGCAGGACUGGCUGCUUUGAUUCUUCUAACCCUGAUUCAAACUGCAGAGGUUCCUCACCAGAUCUCUUCGACUGUGGUUGAACUUGGAGAUAAUUUGACUCUGACAUGUUCAUUCACUCAAAAUGAUUUAUGGUUUGUUUACUGGUAUAAGAUAAAGUUUGGAUAUAUGGCUCAAACUAUUGCAUCAGAAACUUUCAACAAAUUAAAACUUCAAGGACAAUUUGACAACUCAAGAUUUGAAGUCACAAUGAACGCUCAGUAUGUUCUUAAUAUCAGAAAUGUAAACAAAGAAGAUGAAGCAACAUACUUCUGUCAAGCAGGAUCGGCAUACAUAAUGAAACUCAUUAACGCCACACUUUUGGCUGUGAAUGAUCAUAAAAAUGUGCAGAAAUCUGUCCUCGUGAAACAAAGUCCGGAGACGGAGUCGGUCCGGCCGGGCGACUCAGUGACUCUCCAGUGUUCACUUCUCUCCACUGACAAAGAAAACGCAGAUCAGUGUCCAGGUGAACACGAUGUGUACUGGUUCAGAUCUGGAUCAGGAGGAUCACAUCCAAGCAUCAUUUACACUCACAGUGACGAACAAAAGGAAAGAAGUUGUGUCUACAGUCUGUCCACAACUAUACAGAACUCAUCUGAUACUGGGACUUACUACUGUGCUGUGGUCACAUGUGGACAGAUCCUGUUUGGUGAAGGAACUAAAGUGGAGACAAGUAUGUUUUAA